CUGUGGAAUGUAAGUGCCUGAAUGGUGGCUCCGCUCCAAGGAUCGGUCAGAAAAAGUUACGCGUUACGAAGCCUUUACCUGAGAGCACACCUUGAUAGAGAGAGGAGCCACAGGCCGUAGCUGUAUACAGGAUCUCCUGAGGGGUCGAUUUUUUUAGCUGAGCUACAUGAAAACGCGCUUACAGCCGCUUCAGAGGAGCGAUCGGAGGAAGCUCACAGCUGUGAUAAGACGCUUCCUGUCACUCUUAUAGUAGUGUUACCCGGAAACUUGCGUGAUUGGUUCCUCCCGUGCUGGGUCUUGUUUUUGGCCAAGAGCUCCACAAUGCUGGCUGCCGAAUUACACGAGACCCUUCAGGUUCCAGAACUGCAGAUCCCUCAUCUAAGCGACAACAACAACACCACCACCGCUACUACCACCACCAGCUCGGUCGACGGCAGCACCCGAAACACCCCCAACCAACGCCGCAGGCGGUUCAGAAUGAGGCGCUCCAAGUCCGCCAGGAACCGAGAGAACGCCGAGACUUUAGACUCUUCGGGAAAUUUGGAUUACCUGCAACUCCCGUCUAUAGAGAUCACCCCGUCCAGCGACGAAGACGGCACCUUGUCUAACGCUUCCACGCCUAGCGCCUCGCCGAGGCGGUACGGCCUCAGACCGAGAAGCUGGGGGUGCGCGAAGGACAGCAGUGAGAUGGAGGUUGUAGGGAACAGUGGGAGCAGCACGGCAAGUAACUCGAACCGAAGCUCGCCUGCCUGCUCCCCCAUCCUGCGCAAGCGUUCCCGCUCUCCGACGCCCCAGCAGAGUGAAGGAGAAGUCAUGGUGGAGAAAAGCUCUGACCAUUCAUCAGACAAAUCACCUCCAACCCCAGAACCAGGCGUCCAGCGGAGCGGGUCCUCUCAGUCGGGACGCAGCGGCGGCAAAAACUCCAAGAAGAGCCAGAGCUGGUACAAUCAUGAACGGCAGCACAUACGCAGAGUGUUGAGUCCGACGUAUAAACAGAGGAAUGAGGAUUUUCGGAAACUCUUUAAACAGCUGCCAGACUCCGAGCGCCUCAUUGUAGAUUAUUCCUGUGCGCUGCAGAGGGACAUCUUACUGCAGGGACGUCUCUACCUGUCUGAGAACUGGAUUUGCUUCUACAGUAACAUUUUCCGCUGGGAGACUCUGCUGACAGUGCGCUUAAAGGACAUCUGCUCAAUGACGAAGGAGAAGACGGCCAGACUCAUUCCCAAUGCGAUCCAGCUGUGCACAGACUCUGAAAAGCACUUUUUUACGUCGUUCGGGGCUCGAGAUCGAACCUACAUGAUGAUGUUCCGUCUCUGGCAGAAUGCUUUACUAGAAAAGCCCUUAUGUCCGAAGGAACUAUGGCAUUUUGUCCACCAGUGUUAUGGCAAUGAGCUGGGCCUGACGAGCGAUGAUGAAGACUAUGUUCCACCAGACGACGACUUUAACACCAUGGGUGGAUUGCCGUUUGUUCUCAGCUAUUGUGAAGAAAUCCCAGUGGAGGAUGUAGAAGUGAUCGACAAUUCUUCCAAAAGCAGCGGAGAUAUUAAACCAGAAACAAACUGCAACCUCCAGGAACCAUCUCUGACCAGUAGUAAUGUGACCUCCACCACCAGUAGUGACCCCCCUAUGUUUGAUGGCGGCCUCCUCGAUGAUAUUGACAACGUAUUGGACAGGGAGAUGCUUCUUGCAAACCUUGAGGAGCAGAAGGUAGAGUUCCUCCCGCCUGUCACUUCUCCAUCCUUGGAUUUUAAUGACAAUGAAGAUUUGCCCACCGAGCUCAGCGACUCCUCUGAAACACAUGAUGAAGGUGAAGUUCAAGCGUUUUACGAGGACCUGAAUGGCCGGCAGUAUAUCAAUGAGGUCUUCAACUUCAACGUGGACAAGCUGUUCAGCCUCCUGUUCACCGAAUCUCAGUUUCAGAGGGAUUUCAUGGAGCAGAGAAGGUUUACAGAAGUUAUAUUUCAUCCGUGGAAGAAAGAAGAAAACGGAAACCAGACGCGGGUUAUCUUAUACACCAUUGCCCUGACCAAUCCUCUGGCGCCAAAAUCGGCCACUGUAACAGAAACGCAGACACUGUACAAAGCCAGUCAGGAAAGCGAAUGUUACGUGAUUGAUGCCGAAGUCCUGACACACGAUAUCCCGUACCACGAUUACUUCUACACCAUCAACCGCUACACGCUAACCCGAGUGGCCCGGAAUAAGAGCCGGUUAAGGAUCUCCACAGAGCUUCGCUACCGAAAACAGCCGUGGGGGCUUGUCAAGACCUUUAUUGAAAAAAACUUCUGGAGUGGCCUCGAUGAAUAUUUUCACCAUUUAGAGAAUGAACUGACCAAAGCAGAGACUGCUUACCUGUCUGAUCUCCAUCGACAGUCCCCCAAAGAGAAGAGCAGCAAGAUCACCUCGACGCGCCGCAGGAAGCGCCCCCAUACUCACCUGCGGAUCCCUCAUUUGCAGGAAGUUCUCAGCCCGGUCACCACCCCUACAGACGAGGAGAGGCAGCAUCAUCGUGUCCGACAUGUAGCAGGUUCCACUCAGACACGACAUGUUCCUGAGGAGAAGCAGAGUCAGCUACAGAGCAUCUCCAAACUCCUGCUGGUGAUCAGCUGUGUUCUGGUGCUGUUGGUCAUGCUGAACAUGAUGCUGUUUUACAAGCUGUGGGUAUUGGAGUACAGCACGCAAGCACUUACCACGUGGCAGGGCCUCCGAAUACGGGAAAGUUCAGUUCCGCAGUCACAGGCAGAAUGGACCCAACUAUUAGAGACGCAGCAGAAACACCACGACUCUGAGCUGCAGAAGUGGAGGCAGAUCAUCAAGUCAUCCGUCAUGUUACUAGACCAGAUGAAGGACUCCUUGAUAAACCUUCAGAACGGAAUUGUUUCUCGAGACAUUGCCUCAGAGUCGGAGGACAAACCGUACCAAUGAUGGUCCUGGGAGUGGACAAGAAGGAGUGUGCAAUAUAUGUAUAGAGAAGAUUUAUAUGUAGAUACAUAUAUAUAUAUAUGUAUACUAUGAAUACAAAUUUAUAUUCUAGAAUUAAUUAAAAAAAAAAAGGAAAAAAAAAAAAAAAAGAAAGCAGCUGCACAGAGGCGUCGUCUUCUCUCCGACUGCCGAAGACUGUUGGCGUUUGGAGAUACUGGAAAUGGUGUUUAUGACUUUACCUUCUCAGCGUUACGGUUUUUCGAAGAAAAGACGAGCGCAGCACUUCCUCCACGCGAGGACCUUUCUCUACCCAGUGUACAGUUCUGCACCGUUGCUCUACCUCCGACACCCGCAAACCUUUGCUGAUGUCAGCCUGACGCUGCCCGGCACCAUAGAGGUUUUACACUGGUGCCCAAGUGGAUAGGUGCUGAGGAGACAAACAGAGGCACGGCACCACCACCACCGCAUCUCCCGCCCCCGCAGAUCUAGGAGUAAAAGAGGAGCAAAAGGCACAAAUCGCUCCGGACGGUCGUCUCGUUUCAUGGCAAACUCAAGGACAAAUCCGCAAAGACUCCACUGCCACCGAGCACUUGUCCAACCAACCCCCGACAGUGCGGAAUCAGAGAAGUGUCCUGUCUCCUAUAUGGAGCAAUACAUGGGAGAAGCGAGUUUUUAUAAUAUAUAUAUUAUUUUUUUUAUUUUGUUUUCUUGGUCAUUUAAAGCUUGAAUAUUAGGGGAUUUAUUUGUCCUACUUUUCAGAUGUAUGUUAAUUCCUUCUUUGGAAUACGCUGGGGUGCCUACAGCUCUUCUGUAAGUAGCAGCUGCAGAGUUAUAAAGCGGCUCCAAGGAACCUUUGUCACACCAAUGUUUGGUGGCUACAACUACUAACUUAUUUAUUUCAAAUUGUAUUGUUUUCUGGACUCCAGUGAGUUUCAUCAGUGGCGGUUCCUUCUAAAUACAAUGAGGGAUAAUAUUCGUAUAGCUGUGGGGGAUCCUGGUCGACAUUGUCCAGGAGGAGACCAUACUGGGACUUAUAGUGAACAGUGGACGAGAUAUGAUCAGAUGAUUUCAGAAUAAGAUAAAGGGUGAUGCCAAUAGGGAACACAUCUCGGAGGAGUUACCUGAGUGUGGUCCGCACGUCCCACAUUGUAUUUAGUGUACGCCGGUGAUGUCUUGAGACGCCGCCCCCCCCCCCCCCUGCUCCAAGUUAAUACGAAUGACUGUUCGUCAAUAUAUGAAUGUGUCUGUAUGAUAAAAAAACUAAUCUGAGUAUAUAUAAGAGAAUGCUGCUAGAAACUAUUGGAAAUCUUAAGACGUUGGUGUAGAUCAGACGGCCGUGCAGGAGGGAUCUCGCUUUGUCUCCUGCACCUUUUUUUUUUUUUUAGAAAGGGCUUUCUGUUGACCAGCAGGUUUUGGUUGACACUGCCAUAUAUCUGCAUAGUGGAGCUGAGGAGGCUCUGUCUGGUAGCUGGCUGCCUGCGAUGUGCAAUGAAGGCAAAGUACAUGGCGGUCAGGAAUGUCCCUGCAUUUUGUUGUCUAUGACCCUGGGCAGAUAUCUGUUCUAAAAUAAUUGAAACCAUUGCUUGAAAUGCGUUGCAAGACUUCCCAAGGCUGGGCUUAGACAUUGUAUUAAUAAUUUUUGCAUCCCUUCCCUAUCCUACUUUCAGUGCACUCAAAUAAUAUAUAUAUAUAUAUAUAUAUAUAUAUAUAUAUAUAUAUAUAUAUAACCAAAAUAUGUCUUAACUGUAAUUUUUUCUUUCCUCGAGUCCGAAGGCAGCACAGAUGUGUUUUGUGUGCUGCCUGAGGACAAAAAGGAAAUGUGUGUGUGUGUGUAUAUGUAUAUAUAUAUAUAUAUAUAUAUAUAUAUAUGUAUGUGUGUGUGUAUAUAUAUAUAUAGAUAUAUAUAUAUAUGUAUAUUAUUUUUUUUCCCUAUCUCCUUUUAUGUUGUGUACGCAGCUCCAGUGCAGACCAAUGUGUCUUUAGAAUAAGGCUGGGUUCCCGCAGCAUCGAUUUUUCUGCUCGUAUUUUAUGAGCGGAUAUCACGCAAAGUGCGGCCGUAAUUAUGGCUGCUUUUUUUCGUAAAAAUCAGUGCGUACAUUUGAAUUUGCACCAAAUUUUACGCAAUGUGAACCCAGCCCAAGACUUGUUGAUACCGCUGUCCGUUUCCUCUUCUAUCGUAUGUUAAUGAUCAGAAGCAGAGGAGUAAGGCCCUGUUCACAUAUCUGUUGGGGGUUCCGUUGCAUAUUCUGACACACACAAAAAAAAAAAAAAAAACCUGACAAAAUAAAGCUACGUGUAGCGCUAUUUUGUCCUGUAAAAUGCCAAAAACCUGACUGACCCCAUUAUAGUCAAUAGGGGGGGUCUGUUGGGCACCGUCAGUGUCUGGUAUGCAGCGGGACUAGCAUCCUUUUUUUGUUCUUCUGCUCCAGCGACAGAGCAUGGCGGCAAGAUCUGACUACGCCAGGUUUGUUGUCUGUUACCAUAGAGACUCAUAGGUCAGUUAUGUAGCUGCAUUUCAGUGGAGACUGAUGCUUCAUGUUUAUUUUUUUUAUUUAUUUUUUGAUGCAUUGGAACGUUGUCAAUGUGUGGUGAAGAGCGUACGUGUCGGAGGGAACAGAUAGAGACGCUCACCCGAAACGCAACAUCUGAACCCAGCCGAGUCCUGUAGACACCGCGCCGUGUCACAAAAUCAUCCUUGUUCUUCCAAGACUCAUUGAGCAUUUCCGUGAUUCCAAAGAUUGCUUAAGGGUGCGGUCAUUCUGCUGCCCCCUGGAGGGUAGACAUUCCAAAAUCAGCCGGUUCUGGAAUGGUUUCCUAACCUCCGGCUUUUGCAAAACUACAACUCCCAGCAUGCCCGGACAGCCGAAGGCUGUCCGGGCAUGCUGGGAGUUGUAGUUUUGCAACAGCUGGAGGCACCCUGCUUAUAGGGUCAACAGCUGGAGGGACCCUGAUUAUAGCGUCAACAGCUGGAGGCACCUUGCUUAUAGGGUCAACAGCUGGAGGCACCCUGCUUAUAGGGUCAACAGCUGGAGGCACCCUGCUUAUAGGGUCAACAGCUGGAGGCACCCUGCUUAUAGGGUCAACAGCUGGAGGGACCCUGAUUAUAGCGUCAACAGCUGGAGGCACCUUGCUUAUAGGGUCAACAGCUGGAGGCACCCUGCUUAUAGCGUCAACAGCUGGAGGCACCUUGCUUAUAGGGUCAACAGCUGGAGGCACCCUGCUUAUAGGGUCAUAGACAACUAACUGUGGCCACAGAUAUACGGGACCACUGUAUUUAUCAUUGUUUAUUUAUUACUACGAUUCUGUACAUUGAUCGAGACUUAACCCCUUCUCGGCCAGCCCCCAUCCACGCCCCCUCCGCCCCCCCCCCAUCUAGAUCUUGCACUUUAUGCAUUGGUGCUCUCGGUUUUGAUUGCUUUUCCGAAUACUAUAAUCUUUUUUUUUUUUUUUUUUCCCCCCAUCCCUAACCCGUUUGGUUCCCUAAAGGAGAUUCCUUUUUUACGAUGGCUGUGCACAAAGUCUAAAAUAUAUCUCCCUAUAUAUAUUUAUGUUGCAUCCGAUUUGCAUAGGAUAAAAAAGAAAAAACAA